AUUACCGUAAAUUUAUUACAUUUGGUGUAUACAAUAUUUGGCAGAAAUUCAUUUUUAAACAAAUCAGCGUAGAUUUAAUUAAGCACUGUCUGAAUUAGCUGGCUAUAAAAGUAAUUAUACAAGACAUUUAGCGAUGUACUUGAAUUAGGAGCCUCAAUUUUACACAAAAUCACUGAAUGGAAUACACUGCUAAGUGUAAGACAUUUACAGUAUUUACAAGCUUUAAUAAAACAAAUUCCUUCUGCUUUAAAGGCAUCGAUGGAAAAUUAAAUGGUGACAACUUAGACAUUCGUGUAGACACCAAUGAUGUUAGAAUGAACAACAAGGCCAAGUACUAUCAUUUCUUUGCUACAGACUGGGUUGCAGAUCGAGUGUCUGAAAAAUUAAAAGACCUGGACGACAGAUCCCCAGUGGGUAACAUUAACCAGAUUUCCUAUGUUAACUUCAUUCCAACGCCAGAAGAGAAUACUCAGUUCAAAAACUAUCUAAAAGUCCUACUUGCAAGAAAAAUUGUAGACUACAUGCCUGAAUUUAAAUGGAUGGAAAAAGUACUUCCAGAUCACAUUCCACAUGAUUUACAACAGGAGAUGUCAACACCAUCCAAGAUAUUUAUGCUUCCAAAAAAUGACGCAUGCUAUUCAGAUUGUCUACACAUACUAGAUAGUUAUGUUGAGGAUAUAAACAGGAUCUAUGCCAAAGCUGGUAGAGGAGGUGAACUUGAUAAGUUGCAAGUUCCAGUGGGUGGUGAUCAACUAACUAGGGUACGCUUAGAGGGGGCAAAAGCACUAAGAAAGGGUACACAUACUGCUGUUGAAAGAUUCGAUCAGUUGAAUCCUUUCAUCAUUGAAUUAUUUCACACCCUGCAAGAUUUCUUGGAGAAAUUAUGCAAAAAGUUUUUAAAGCUGAACAAGGCCACGGAUAAAGCAACACUAGCACACCUGAAAGUGGUCAUCCGGAGGAGCAAUGUCAAUGGGAAGGUUAAAGUUCGUUUCAAGGCACAUGAGCAAUUUGUGGAUUGUGUUGGCACUGCUUAUCUGCUAUCCCUGGUAAUGGAACUCUUCAGAAUGCAGAAUCUCCAUGAUUUUCCAAUCCAUGAUAGCAUUCCAGAUAAUGUGAAGAUGCUUCAUUUGGGAAGAAGAAGUGAGACUUUCAAUAAGGUUAUGGACCUUGUAUUGAAGAAAACCUUCAUUCCACCAUUGCAACAAGACACAGAGGACAAUGGUCAGCCUCGUCCUGGAAGUUUGAUAGUGCAAGUUUGUGCAGGGAAUAUGAACCCAUGUCAGAUAGAGUCACCUGUAAACGAAAACCAAGUCACCAUCAAAUUAUCAAUUGGUGAAGAAAUGUACCAUCUUAAGGCAAGUACUGAACAAGUGCGUAAUGGAUGUACUUUCCACUUAACAAACAAACAAAUACCAGUUACAGUGAAAGAAGUAACACCACCCUCUGAUGAAUUGCAAAACUACACCAUCAACUUUCUCAACUGGUUUUUUAUUUCUUGUUCUAUGCAAGAUGCAAUUUCAGAAGGUAACAUAUACCUAACCAACAUUACACUGAAAUAUAUGAUGCCACUCUUCUACUCCCAUUCGUCUUUGUCAAAGUACAUGACCGAGUGUAUCGACUAUGUUCUUAAAACUGAAACUCUAUUGACACCUAAAAUGGCACUGAAAGUUAGGGCGGCAUCUUUCAUUAACCCAACUGGAAGGCUGGGACACAACAAAGCUGCUGACAUUGAAAAGGAAAACCAAGUUAAAAUGUUAAAAGAUUUGAUUCGUGGCCUAGGUGCAAAUAAAACAGAAAAUGCAAUUGUGAAAAUUUCCAAGGUGGCACCAGUAAUUCACAGCAUUUCCGACAACCUUUGUGCAAUGACAUCAACACAGAAUUUUCACACAACUCACAAAGUUAGACCAUGUGACCAAGAUGUUCAACAGAUCUUAGACAUCUUACAGAAGAACAACCCGUGGCAAAACACACCUGGUCGUCAUUUAAAGGCAUUCAAAUACAUUUCCAAAAGUCCAUAUAGUUUUAAUCGACAACAUUUUGAAAUGUGUGUUAUGAACACUGUUGAGAGACUUAAGCGAGGCAUUCCUACCACUGAUGACAGAGAAAGUGAUGAUGACGAGUAAACUCAUGGACAUUUAUUUAUAUAUUUGCAGAUAUAAAUAUUGAAUAUUUACAAUUACCAGGUUACUAAACACACAAUCUUUUUUUUACAGUUGUGCA